GUAUCGAGAAUUAUAUAAUUAGGGAAUGCGCACAAUGUGCAUAGAGUAAUUGUUUUUUUUUUUAUUCGCGACUGUAUUCGGUUAUUGAUGUGGUUAAGUUUUUGCAUGUGGUAAUGUGGUAUCUACUGCACUUUUUAUCACAGUGUUUACACACUCACACGUCAUUUACUUCGUGGAAACGUUCGUUCUUGCAUAUCUUGUGGUGGAAUCCGUGUGCUGCCAACCUAGUAAUUGUGUGUCGUAAUUUUCUGUUGGGUCCUGUCCAGGUUCUGUCAGUCAUUGCAUCGUAUCGAUGUCAGUAUCGAGAAUUGCAGUUGCGUUGCGGUUGCCAGUUUCCUCUCUGCAUCUAGUUGAUACAUAAUUUUCGCUGUACUGUUGGAUAUCCUGAUAUACAUAUGACGCCAGUAAUUUCGCGCCUAGAUUCAGCUGGUCGUCUUUCUUGUUGAAAUACUCGUACUUUGGCGUUGCUUUUGUGUUGCAAUAUUUAACAUCAUACCAUGACAACAGUUCAGACAAGGCUUCAGUUUAAUGUUAUGAAGAAAAGACUGCAUGGUUCUAAGUUAAACCCUGGGAAGGAGAAUGCUAUCUGUGGGAACAAGAGAUCUUCAGCAUUGAAUGCUUGUGUUGAACAUGGAAGAAAGUUUUGUGAAAAUAAACAUCAGUCUAAAUGCAAGAACUAUUUGCCCAAACAAAUUUUAUUGCUUGAUGAUGGUAGUGAUGGUGAUUCAGAAAUAGAAGGUGAAAUGGAAAAUGCCUCUUCCCCACCAAAAUGUAGUAAGACAGUAACUGAAGAUUGUAAUGCUGUGGAAAGGACUGGUAUUACUUCACCACCCACACCUUCUUGCCUUAUAACACAGCUGCGCUUAAGUGUUCCUUGCAAUUCUGCAGUCACACACAAUCGGAAGCAUCUCCCUCCUAAGCAGCUCUUCAUGUCAGAGUCAGCUUAUCAAGAAGUCCGUCAGGCUCUUCAGGGUUGUGCACCAACAAGUUUACCAGGUCGUGAGGUUCACUUGGACAAACUCCAUUCAUUUUUGCAGGAUCAUUUAACAGCCGGCAGCUCAGGAACUCUCUAUGUGUCUGGACCCCCAGGCACUGGAAAAACAGCUUGUUUAUCCAAAAUUAUGGAACUUCCAGAGUUUAAAAAUGGGUACAAAAUUAUCAAUAUUAAUUGUACCUCCAUUAAAUCAUCUGGUUCUAUUUAUGCAAGAAUUGCUCAAGAACUUGCUUUGAAAGUGUCUAAACAAACCGAGAAAAACUAUUUGGCAAGUGUUGAGCGAUAUUUGACUUCAAAUCAUAAAAUGAUUUUGUUGGUGCUGGAUGAAAUUGACCAACUCGAUAGUCGGAAGCAGUCUGUUUUAUACACAGUGUUUGAAUGGCCAUCAACACAUAACUCAAAAUUAGUCCUCAUAGGAAUUGCUAAUGCAUUAGAUCUGACAGACAGGAUAUUGCCCCGCCUACAAGCACGUCUUGAUCUGAGACCUGAGCUCCUGCACUUUGCCCCAUACACAAAAUUGGAGAUUGUUGGUAUACUAUCAGAAAGAUUAAUGCAGUCUGGUGUUUCUGCUAUGUUCCCACCAGCUGCUCUUGAGCUUUUGGCUGGAAAAGUAGCAUCUACUUGCGGAGAUGUAAGGAGGGCAUUAGAUAUUGGCCGGAGAGUAGUAGAGUUGGCAGAAGCCCAGAAAUGUAAGCAGACAAUGCCUCUUCAGGCAACUGUAGAUCAUGCAGCCAACACAUCAAGUCCUAGAAAAUCACCUAUGAAAAAUCCUGAUGUAGGAUCUGUGGCUCUGAAAGAAGUCAUGGCAGUGCUGAACGGUGUAUAUGGGGCUUCCCAGUCUCUAGUCACAGACGGUGAUGAAAGUUUUCCAUUACAGCAGAAGGUGCUCAUUUCCACACUGCUCCUAAUGCUUAAGAAGAGUCAAAACAAAGACAUCACUGUGGGAAAGCUGCAUGAAGUUUAUUGUCGUGUGUGCAAGAAGAAAAAUAUACUUGCAGUGGACCAAGCAGAAUUUCUCAGUUUAUGCCAGCUUGUUGAGACAAGGGGUAUCCUGAAAGUACAAGGACGAAAAGAAGCAAGACUGUCAAGAGUAUGUCUGCAGUGGGAUGAAGAGGAAGUGUGUGCAGCUCUGAAGGACAAGCAGUUACUGGCAUCCAUAUUGAAUGAUGCAUCUUGUUUAUCUUAAAUCUGCACAACUUGCAGGAGACUGACACUUAUACAUGUAAACAGGUGCCAUUGUCAUGAGGUGAAACAUGUAUAAGGUGGUUACUUUCUAGUAUUUGGCAUUUGUUAUAAGUUGUCACAUAAAUUAUAUCUGAAAUGUUUAAAUCAUAUUACAUGAGAAGUGUGGUUUGACUGUCAUUGAAAUGUACUGAAACUUUUAAGAAAGAGUUUGAUUAUGUGUUGAACAUAUUGCAUGUUUUAUUUUCUUUUUCAAACAAGAAGUGUUACUGUAUACUGGUGUUACAAGCCUCAGAUCUUACAAGAAGUGUUACUGUUUGUACCAGGAGGGUUUGCAUUUCCACUGAAGGAGUCAGAAUGAGGUGGUGGUUCUGUCUUAGUAAUGUUUGUGUUCCCACUACUGUAAUCAGAAUAAAACUACACUAUAAUAUUAGCUCAGAACACUGAUUUAUUAAUAUCCACAUAAUACACAGUUUGUAUACACAACUAUUGACAGUUGGUAAAUGGAUUGGUGAUAUCAGUGAGAUGGUUUUUUUUUUUAUGUAAAUAAAUGUUGCAUUGGAUUAGCAAGGCUUAAUGUAAUUAUCUGCACACAUGGUUUUUCAUCAUUUUUAGUUAAUAAGAAGAAAAUUAUUUUACACACUUCUGUUCUUGGCAAAGAGAAAGUUAACUGCAGACUUAUGAUUAGUAUAUGUUAUUUUAAAGAGGCAAUAAAGGGAGGAUCAUUUACCAGAAGGAAUUCAAUAAAACCCAGUAAAUGACAGUAGUCAGGUACGUCAUCCAAAAGUGAGCUUCUGGUGCGAGCAGUUGAAAGUAGACUGAAGAAAAAAGAGGAAAACAUGCUAACAAACUUUUGUUCAAUCUUGGGAUUGAUGUCAACUGAUGAGAAAUGGGGCCAGUGAUGGCAUGUGAGUCACAAGUAGCUUGCAACUGAGAGACAGUGGUAACAAAAGACUUAUCCUUUUAUAAUUUAUUGAUAUGGUAUCAUUAAGUUUUAAUGUCAAGAGUUAACCAAUUCAUAUUAUCUCUUGAAUAUGUGCACAAUAUUCAUUUUUGUACUUGUAUUAAUUUUGGAUGCAUGCUGGAGAGAUUUGUGUAAGUGUGCCUGUUAUACCUCUGUGAGUUCUUCUGUUUGUAACACCCACAAUUGUAUAGGGGAGAAUUUUGUUUAUAAUUCUGAUGGGAAGAGACGCUUUUGUUAUGAGGAUGUAUGUAUUAAAUUUGCCCAAGGCUUAAUAGUAGUCUGUAAAUCUGUAAUGAGUGGCAUACCAUGGCUGACAAGUGGAAAAUACAUGUUCAUGUUUUGUGUUGUAUUCAUUACUACUGGGAAUGUGGAAAUUAUGAACUACAAAUGUGGUCAGUUUGUUUCAAGUUCAGGCAUUGAGAUUAUACAUACUGCAUGAAUAUUUAUCCACACAUGGGUUGAACCCCUCUUGUACAACUGAAAGUUUGCUGUUUUUAAUUAAAAAAAAAAAAAGAAAUUUGAGUUAGAAAUUACAAUUUUUCUUCAAACCAUUUGUUUUUAUCAUUCACAGUACUGUAUGGCUCAGGUACCCAUGUCACUCAGUUCUCAGGAAGCUUCUAUUUUGCUCUGUGAAUCUUUCCCAGUUGCAACCAUGUCUGACAUAUGCAGUAAUGAGAAUAGAAAGUAUGUGGCGAAUAUGAGUGAACAGAAUGAGUUUUGUAAUAAAAUCUUUGGGGCAGGGGCCUUCUUGAGAUGCAGUUAUCAUUUCAGCUGGUCAGAACACAGAUUCUAAGCCCAAGGGUCCAUAACAUUUUGUAACUGAACCUGCCAAUUUUAAUGGCGAAAGUUAUUAACCACAUACCUAACACACAUUGUGGGGUCCACUCUUUAUAGGCUGUGUACAACUGUCUAUUUUACAUGUUUGUUGCUACCCUCUAUAUGUGGAUAUUGUCUCCUCCAUCCAAAACCUGCGGACAUGCCAUACUGUGGUAACAGACAGAUUUCAUGUGGACAGCUUCACAUCUUUUAAACUAAAUGGUUGAAUAUCCUAAUGGGUGUGGGAACACUUUGUAACGAAAAUCACUACAAAAUUGCAAAAUCAGAUAUUAAUGCAUAACUCUACUGGAUAUGUUGAAGGUAAAACAAACUCCAUGGUUUUAGUCUGCAAGUGAACUACACAGUAUGUCCAGGUUCUGUUAGGACUGUGUUCA